AUGAUGAAACCGUGGCUCCUCAGAAGGCCCUGGAUGGCAGCUGUGGUCCUGACACUGAUGGUGCUGAGCCCUCCCGUGGCUUUGGUCAGGGACCCCCGACCUUGGUUUCUGGAACAAGUUAAACACGAGUGUCAUUUCUACAACGGGACGCAGCGCGUGCGGUUUCUGGACAGAUACUUCUACAACCAGGAGGAGUACGCACGCUUUGACAGUGAUGUGGGCGAGUACCGCGCAGUGAACGAGCUGGGGCGGCCAGACGCUGAGUACUGGAACAGCCAGAAGGAGGGCCUGGAGCAGAAGAGGUCCCUUGUGGACACUUACUGCAGAUACAACUACCAGGUCGCGGAGAGCUUCACUGUGCAGAGGAGAGUUGAGCCUGUGGUGACUGUGUAUCCCACAAAGACAGAGCCCCAGGAGCACCACAACCUCCUGGUCUGCUCUGUGAGAGGCUUCUACCCCGGCCACAUUGAAAUCAGAUGGUUCCGGAAUGGCCAGGAGGAGAAGGCUGGGGUCGUGUACACAGGCCUGAUCCGGAAUGGAGACUGGACCUUCCAGACCCUGGUGAUGCUGGAGACGGUUCCUCAGAGUGGAGAGGUUUACACCUGCCAGGUGGAGCAUCCCAGCCUGACCAGCCCUAACACCCUCAAGGAGAGAAGUCAGCAUCAAAGUUGUACUUUGACAACACAUGCACGCUGUGGCAGGCAUGCCGUGCCAAGUGAGAGACACUGA